AUGGACAGACCUCCGCAACUGCGCGACUCUCCGAACGCUACUCGUACACCCUUCCAGCAAAUCUUCCAGAGUCUUGUAAUACAAGCCCUGCUUCACCACCAAAUAUCGUCAGGAUCCACUCCAAUAUCUCCCGAUUUCGCAGCCAUCCGCGCCUUCUCUCAGAGUAAAUAUAACGUUUGGUAUUGGUUUUUGUUGCCCUCGGUCGUCAUAAAUGAUGUGCCGGAUGAAAAGACCGGAAGUGCAGUCUCGAGGUCAUCUCUGACGGUGUUCGUUUGGAUCUGUGCAAGUAUGGAUGCCCGGGAAGCUAGCACGGAUGAUGUUCUCGAACUCGAGGCCGUCAUGAUGAUAUCGUUAAAUGGUUUCCUGAUCGAAAAAUCAGGGUGGUUGUUUCGUGAUGUUGAUGGGUUUGCUUGCAGGCAGCAGCUCAGGAAUCCGCCGUUUCUAUUGUGUGGGUCAAACUUCAAACGACCCCCACGGAGGAACCUGAAGAGUAUUCUCAGAAGUUAUGAUUUUAACGUCUUUCACCUAAAGUAUGAGAAAGAGGGCACUGACCCCCAGCCUGAUCUUCUACGAUCGCACCUGCUUAAGCUUGUUCUCGCGCAGGAUAUCUGUGUCCACCACGCUCAUCACGACAUGCGUUUGGAGGCGUUGUGUGACUCGGCGGAGAUGUUGCCAUUACUAAGUAGACAUGGACAGGCUGUUCAUGUAGGGACAACUAUCUACCAUAUGUAA